AUGAGCUCGUACUUUGUAAACUCCUUCUCGGGGCGUUAUCCAAAUGGCCCGGACUAUCAGUUGCUAAAUUAUGGCAGUGGCAGCUCUCUGAGCGGCUCUUACAGGGAUCCCGCUGCCAUGCACACCGGCUCUUACGGCUACAAUUACAAUGGGAUGGAUCUCAGCGUCAACCGCUCCUCGGCCUCCUCCAGCCACUUUGGGGCGGUGGGCGAGAGCUCGCGCGCCUUCCCCGCGUCAGCCCAGGAGCCCCGCUUCAGGCAGGCGACGUCCAGCUGCUCCCUGUCCUCGCCCGAGUCCCUGCCCUGCACCAACGGCGACAGCCACGGCGCCAAGCCCGCUGCUUCGUCCCCUUCCGACCAGGCGACCCCAGCCAGCUCCAGCGCCAAUUUCACCGAAAUAGACGAGGCCAGCGCAUCCUCGGAGCCUGAGGAAGCGGCAAGCCAGCUAAGCAGCCCGAGCCUGGCCCGGGCACAGCCAGAGCCCAUGGCCACCACUACAGCCGCGCCCGAGGGGCAGACUCCACAGAUAUUCCCCUGGAUGAGGAAGCUUCACAUCAGCCACGAUAUGACUGGGCCAGACGGGAAAAGGGCCCGGACCGCGUACACUCGCUACCAGACCCUGGAGCUGGAGAAGGAAUUCCACUUCAAUCGCUACCUGACCCGGCGACGACGCAUCGAGAUCGCCCACGCGCUCUGCCUGUCCGAGCGUCAGAUCAAAAUCUGGUUCCAGAACCGUCGCAUGAAGUGGAAGAAAGACAACAAACUGAAAAGUAUGAGCCUGGCUACAGCCGGCAGCGCCUUCCAACCAUGA